GCCCCGCCACCGUCACCGCGCUCCGGGUGGCUCCUUGGGCACGGCCCCGUAGCCCGGGAAGGUGUCACCGCCCCCCCGGGCGCGUCACUGGAGUGGUGGCACCGCGCCACGCCGGCCCUCGGGUGACAGAGGGUGACAGAGCCCCAUCGCAGUGCCCAGGGCUGGCAGCCGCCUGUCCCCGUCGCGGUGUCCCCAGGGGUGGCAGAGCCCCGUCCCAGGGUGGCACCGGGUGGCCUCACCCCGUUCCCCGCGGAGUGACCGGGGCUGACCGCGGCCGCGUGCCUUCGGCCAGCGCUGUCCCCACCUGGUGCCACCGAGCCUCCUGGCGACCCUGGUGCUGUGGUGGGGUCCGGCCUCACCUCCCGCCCGAGCCGCGUCCUGUCCCCUCCGUCCCCGCCGGCCACUGUCCCCACCCCCGGCGCCGGGUGACUCUGUCCCUCCCGUGGCCACCCCCGGGGCCACCUCCAGGCCCCCGGGGCCACCUCCAGGGCCACCUCCAGGGCCAGCAGGGCCAAGAGCCCGGCGGGGCGGGGGCAGGGUUAUAUUUAGCCGCUCCCGGGGCCGAUCGGGUUUCGGGCGGGCGCGGUGACAUGGAGGUGGCAGUGCCACCCCGCGAGGGGGGCCCGGUGUCCCCGUCCCCCGUGCUGGGGCUGUGGCCCCCGGUGGCCCCCAGCAAGCGGCCCAAGAAAUCGGCCGUGCUGUUCUUCGAGGUGGAGAUCCUGGACGCCCGCACGCGGGACAAGCUCUGCUUCCUCGACAAGGUGGAGCCUCAGGCCACCGUGGCCGACAUCAAGAACCUGUUCAGCAAAGCCCAUCCCCAGUGGUACCCGGCGAGACAGUCCCUGCGCCUGGACCCCAAGGGUCGCUCGCUGAAGGACGAGGAUGUGCUGCAGUCGCUGCCCGUGGGCACCACGGCCACGCUGUACUUCCGGGACCUGGGGGCGCAGAUCAGCUGGGUCACGGUGUUCCUGACGGAGUACGCGGGUCCCCUGCUCAUUUACCUGCUGUUCUAUUUCCGUGUCCCGUUCCUGUACGGGCCCCGCUACGACUUCACCGCCAGCCGGCACCGCGUGGUCCACCUGGCCUGCUGCUGCCACUCGUUCCACUACGUGAAGCGGCUGCUGGAGACGCUCUUCGUGCACCGCUUCUCGCACGGGACGAUGCCCCUGCGCAACAUCUUCAAGAACUGCACCUACUACUGGGGCUUUGCUGCCUGGAUGGCCUAUUACAUCAACCACCCGCUGUACACGCCCCCGGCCUAUGGUGACGAGCAGGUGAAGCUGGCGCUGGCCGUGUUCCUGUUCUGCCAACUCGGGAACUUCUCCAUCCACGUGGCCCUGCGGAACCUGCGCCCCGCGGGCUCGAAGACGCGGAAGAUCCCGUACCCCACCCGCAACCCCUUCACGUGGCUCUUCCUGCUCGUGUCCUGCCCCAACUACACCUACGAGGUCGGGUCCUGGAUCGGCUUCACCAUCAUGACCCAGUGUCUGCCCGUGGCCCUGUUCUCGCUGGUGGGCUUCGUGCAGAUGGCCAUCUGGGCACAGGGCAAGCACCGCAGCUACCUCCGGGAAUUCCGGGAUUAUCCCCCGCUGCGCUCUCCCAUCAUCCCCUUCCUGCUGUGACACCGGGACAUGGCGGGGACACCGCGGGGACACCGCGGGGACAGCCCAUCCCCCGCCAUCCCCUUCCUGCUGUGACACCGGGACACGGUGGGGACACCGCGGGGACAGCCCAUCCCCCGCCAUCCCCUUCCCGCUGUGACACCGGGGACACCCCUGCCCUCUGGGGACACCCUGUCCCCACUGUCACUGUGGCACCCUGCGGGGACACCUCCCUUGGGAAUUCCGGGAUUAUCCCUCCCCCCACUCCCCCACUGUCCCCUCCCUGCUGUGACACCAGGGCAGCCCUUGGGGACACCCCAGGGCACCCUGACCUGUCCCUUGGGGACAGUGUGGGGCACACGAGCCUGUUGUCACCCUGGCCCCACUGUCCCGUCACCCGCUGGGUCCCAGCGCCGGCGUCCCCUCUCCGGUGGCACCGUCCCCAGCAAGGCUGGCCCGGUCCCCCGGGACAGCAGCGGUGACCAUGCGGUGUCACCCCCGGGGCUGGCGACCGCAGCUCGUGUCCUGUGCCACCACAGGUGACAAUAAACCACAUCCCCCA